AUGUGGAUGAUUGUCACACUUGCUGACGCACAUACUUGCGUCCGUGUUUGCUAUAGUAACGAUCACCGUGGAUUGAGUAGUGACAUAAUUGCCGAGCACAUUAUCCCCCAUAUUAUGAAUAGUUCGGUGUACAAAAUCAAGGAAAUUCAGGUAUCGGUGAAACAAGAGUUUCAUUGUGAUGUGUCAUAUAAGAAGGCUUGGUACGCUAGACGCCGUGCCAUUGAUAUAUUAUAUGGGAACUGGCCGACAUCCAUAUCACAACUGCCGACAUAUAUUGAGGAGUUACAACGGUCGAAUCCAGGGACGGUAGUUGUGUGGGAUCAUCAUCCAUUAAGUACCCCCUCUGCAAUAAUUUUUGAUUAUAUAUUUUGGGCAUUUGCUCCAGCCAUCCAAGCUUUCCGCUAUCUAAAACCGGUGAUAUGCGUGGAUGGUACCUUUUUAAAAGGGCCUUAUCGGGGAAAACUUCUUGUCGCCAUAGGGUUUGAUGCUGAAAAUUCAAUGUUUCCCUUGGCAUAUGCCCUAGUUGAUGAGGAGAAUAAUCGGAGUUGGUCUUGGUUCAUGAGACUGUUACGCAUUCACGUGUGUGGUGAUGUGCAAAAUAUAUGCAUUAUUUCUGAUCGUCACCACGGCAUUAUAAACGCAAUGCGUACACUUGAAGAGUGGCAGGAGCCAUUAGGGGUGCACCGAUUCUGUUUGAUUCAUAUUCGGAGCAAUUUCACACAAAAAUUCAAGAAUGAGGGACUUAAAAGCCUGAUAUACGCUGCUGGUGUGGCAAAUCAGCCGCGCAAGUAUGAGGACAUCAUGAAUUUGAUUUACUCCUUGAAUACGGAGGCGUACACAUGA